CGAAGAAGAAGAAGUCGUAGCAGUGAAGUUAUUUUAAAUCCUAAUUUUUUUUGUCUCCGUAAAGAAAGUAAUUAUCUUUUGUUGUCAUGAGUUCUGCGUCUCUGAAGAGGUUUUACAAAAAGCUGCCGGUGUGGAUCGUGGAGGAUCAUCACCAUGUGGUGAGCCACAUCUACCGGGCCAUCGCCUCCAGACAUCUCCCUCUCAAGGACAUUAAGAUGAUUCACCUGGACUCCCAUCCGGACCUGCUCAUCCCGGUCAACAUGCCUGCUGACGUGGUCUUUGACAAGGAGAGACUCUUCAGUGAGCUAAGUAUAGAAAACUGGAUAAUUCCCAUGGUUUAUGCUGGACACGUGUCCUGCGUGGCAUGGCUGCAUCCGUACUGGGCCCAGCAGAUCACAGAGGGGGAGCACCGGGUGACUGUAGGCAAAGACUCUUCCACCACCACCAUAAGGAUCACCAGUACGGACAACUACUUCCUCAGUGAUGGGCUGUAUGUUUGUGAGGAGCAGCUGGAGGAUUCAAAACCUCUCAGACUGAAUGUGGUCAAAGUCAACCCCGUUGAACAAAGUCACGGUUCAUCAAAAGGAGAAAAGACAAAGACAGACCCGGAGAGACGCUUGGUCAAGCGAGCUCGGACGGAGUCGAGUAAAGAUGAAGGAAACGGUAGUACAGAGUCGUCCUCGGGGGCCCGCCACACUCAGUCGGGAGAGAGCAGUAACGGUGAGGAAAAACAGAGCAGCAAUGGGGCAGCGGCCAGACUUCAAGAUGACGCUGUUGACGGAGACGAAGGAUCGACCAGUUAUGUCGUUGAAAGGUUGACGUCAUUUGUCAGUGAAACUGACCCGUACGUCCUGGACAUUGAUCUGGAUUUCUUCUCCUGUAAAAACCCAUUCAAGGAAUUAUACACAGAGGAGGAAUACUCCAUCCUGAAGGAGCUCUACAGCUUCAGAGGACCCACUCUAAACACUGAGGAGGAGAUUGAAGUGUGUGUGGACCGGCGUGUACGUCAGCUGGAGGACCUGGAAGCAGCGUUUGCAGAUCUGCUCGAGGACGAUGGAGAAGACACGGUCACACGCUGGGCCAGGAACCUCGGCAUGUCUUCAUUAGCGCCACUGGUUUCUAGUUUGAAAGCAAGAAAUCCUUCUCCUGACUAUGAAAUGGUUCACCAGGCCGGAUUAACCUGCGACUCGGCCGAGCUCCCUCAUCACAUCAGCACCGAUGACGAGAUCGACCGACUCAUCACGGCCAUGGGGCUUUUCCUGAAGGCUCUGCCCCCUCCCACUUUGGUUACUAUGUCCAGGUCCAGUCUGGACGAAUACUGCCCAGUGGAACAGGUGGAUUCAGUCCAGAGCAGAGUUCUGGCUGCACUCCAGGGCCUGUAUGGAGACCUGGACGUGCAUAAAGACUAUGAAAACAGCCCAACGGCUGCACAGGACUAACAGCCGGAAAGAUAAAGUCUUAUUUGUUUGAUGCAGUGAAUGUUUUUACCGGCGUAAACGUACUGGACGAAAAGGACAAAAGAAGUGUUGCACUGUUUACUUCAGUAUUUGUGUUGAAGAGUUCACAUGAUGUUUACGAAAUGGCUUUGGAUGGAUUUGUAAAAUGUCAAAAUGAUGAGAUAAUUUUCAGAAUUAUUAUUAUUAUUAUUAUUAUUAUUAUUAUUAUUAUUAUUAUUAUUAUUAUUAUUAUUAUUAUUAUUAUUAUAUAUAUUUUAACUUAAGUUAAAACCACCUUUCAGCUGUACAGAUGGUUUUCAAUUUGCUCAAAUGUUUUGAGUAGUGUUGAAAAGUUUUUGUCACUGUUUUUUUUCUGUUUUAUGACCGGGGGCCUGUUUUUAGGAAGACAUGUCCAACAAACUCUUUCAUAAAAAGCUGGUUCAGAGGUCGAGAAUCCCAGAGUUUGUUUUCGGGUCGGGGGUUUAGAGUUGGUUAAGUCGACUGCAACUUUGUUCAUUCUAUAUAUAAGGACGCAUCAUCAGUGGAGCUCCAACUCUGUGGUUCACCAUGGCAGCGCCAGAUGACUGGAAAAGAGCAUCUUUCUCUCAGAAUUAGUGCCGAUAUUAAAAGGUUCAUCUUCAGGGGUUCUGAAGGAAUGAGUUUUGCAGCGUGUGGUUGUAAAUGUUUUAGUGUCACUUAGACUAAAGGUUGAAUAACUUUUUCUUUGUUGUGCAUAAAAUACUUAGAUAUGAAUUAUUUACAGAUGCACUUUUUGAUUUAAUUGUUCAUUUAAUUGGAUUUACUGACUUCAUAUGUAAAAUGUUUGCAUAAGUAGUGAUGUCCCGCUCUGGUUUGGGUGGAGAUGAUCAGAUUAUUUUCACUUUUAUUUCACUAAAUUACAUUGAUUAAAUAGCAGUUAUAGGUAUUAUCUAUUAUCCCUCAAUAAGUUUCCCCGUUAACAGUUAGUCCAUGUCUGGCGGGGAGGAGGCGUGGCCUCAUCUACAGCAGUUGUAGCUCCUGUAUUGACGUCAGCAUUUGCCAACUCGGUGGUUUUGGUCGCUAUAUUUAGCAAGUUUUCAGACAAUCUAGUGACUUUUUUUUCAGGUGUUUCAUUGAAGAGUUUUGUAGGCUCUGAUUUAAAGGCUCGUGUCGUCCUCACUCUUCUCAGCGAGCAGCCCAUGCUGCCCCCGUACCGAAGUGCCUGGGUUAGGAUCAGCUCGGUCCUCCAGCAGCACCUACAGGCUGCAAAUGAACCACACAUCUGCCAAUCCAAAGCGUACUGACCUGGCACUGACCCAGUGGAAUUGAGUUAUAGAUAAUAAUUAUUCAUAUAUAACUCUAAUAAAUGUAAGGAUUAUGAUACAUAUUCAAUGGCGCUGCAGGACGAAGGAGGAGGGUUGAAAUUGUGACACUACAACAGACUGGACAAAAGAAAUUCAUAUGUGGUUCUAAUCAUAUUGAGAGGGUUUUUGUCACUCCUUUUUUUUUUUAUCUCUCCCACGACUUAUUUCCUCCCCUACAGCAUCUAUUACUAUAAAGCCAGUAACUCUCCUUACUGAGGAGUUGGCAACACCGGCCGACGUAAAACGUGGAGCGAACUUUAACCGACAUCUCAGAAGUGCCUGCAGUUUGGAAAUCUUUCAAAUCGAUUUUUGUUUCAACCUCUUGACUAUUUGUCUCAUUUGACUCAUCCCAAGUUUAUCCUGAAGUUAUUUGUUUAUAAAUUAU